AUGCUCGCCGCCAUGCCUCAUCAGCGCCGCUUGUUCGCAUGCGUCGCUGCUGCGUCCGGGCUUGCGCUUCUGCUCUAUCUAUACUUUGCCGAGCCCAUCUCUUUGCCAGCCCUGCCCACCCAUGUCCCCGUCGCCGAGAACCGUCCGCCUCACCCCAUCGACCACCUCGUCGAGCGCGCCGCCGCCGACUUCCAGCGCCUUCUCGACACUCGCGCCACCACCCUGCACAAUGCUACCGCCCGCUAUCGCCAACGCCGCGGCCGCCAUCCGCCACCCGGCUUCGACGCCUGGUUCGACUUCGCCUCCAGCCGCGACGCCGUCAUCGUCGAGGACUUCUUCGACCAGAUCUACCACGAUCUGGAGCCCUUUUGGGGCAUCCCCGCCCGGGAAGUGCGCGCUGCCGCCCCGCAUACCGAAGAAACCGUGGUAGCCGUGAACAAUGGUACCGCCGAGAAGCGGGCCCCGAAAGACAGCUGGAGACUGAACCACUGGUUCGAAAUGGUCGAUUCCAUUGCGCAGGCCGCCCCUAUACCCGAUGUGACCCUGGCCAUGAACAUCAUGGACGAGCAACGUGUUCUUGUUCCUUGGGCCGACAUUGAUCGGCUGGUAUCGGCUGCCGCUGCAGAACGCCAGGUGCCACCGGACCCCUCCACCGUUGUGAGCCAGUUCACGAGUCCCAUGGACGUCGACCCUGAAGCGCCUCCGGUGGAGUGGAUGGGGGACAACCACCAGAUAUGGUCGCUGUUCCGGGACGCCUGCCCCCCGGACAGUCCAGCUCGUCAGACAGCUGCAGAAACAGACCUCUCCGUUCCAGCAUCCGAGUACUUUCCUGUGCAGCACCCCCUCGGCUCGUCGCACGGCUACGUCUCCAAUUGGACAAUGACCAAGGAUCCAUGCUUCCAGCCUCACCUCCGUGCAUUACACGGCACCUUCAUCGAGCCCGUUUCGACCAAGAUAUCGAAGCGAUUGGUGCCGCUCUUCGCUGGCUCGAAGCUCAGAGCGGGCAACGAGAUUGUCGUCCCAGCGGCCAUGUACUGGGGAGACUGGACGGAAUACUCAGGCGGCGCGGACCACGGGGGGCGCUGGGCCGGAAAGUACAACAAGUUCGUCUGGCGCGGCGUCGCGUCAGGCGGCCGUAACAAAGCAGACACUUGGGCGCAUUUCCACCGCCACCGCUUUCUCUCCAUGAUCAACGGCACCACGGUCGCUGCUGCCGAAGCCAACAACGGAUCUUCUCCCACUUUCAGGCUGCCACCACCCGAACUGUACCACGUGCAAGCGGCAGAGGAAGGGAAAAUGGGCGAAUGGUUGGAGACACUGAACGAUGCGGGGUUCAACGAUCUGCUUUGCUUCCCCUGGGAGCCCGAUCGUCUCUGCUCCUACGCCAAUCCCCACUUCCACCUCGUCGACGGCAUUCCCAUGAAGGAGCAGUACGACUACAAGUACCUCCCUGACGUGGACGGCAAUUCGUACAGCGCCCGCUUCCGCGCCUUCCUGCUCUCCACGUCGCUGCCCAUCAAGACGACCAUCUACCGCGAGUGGCACGACGCGCGGCUCUUCCCGUGGGUGCAUUUCGUCCCCAUGGACAACACUUAUGUCGAUUUCUACGGCAUCAUGGAGUAUCUUGCCGGCGCGCCGUCGCACAACGUGGCGGCCCACGACGAUGUCGCACAAACGCUGGCCGAGCAAGGGCAGGACUGGGCGCAGAAGGUUCUGCGGCGGGAAGACAUGCAAAUCUACAUGUAUCGCUUGCUGCUGGAGUUUGGACGGGUUUGUGACGACAAUCGAACGAGGCUUGGCUACAUUGCAGAUCUUCUCUGA